AGAAAUUAUGCAGUUGUCUCCCAACUAAAGGGCGAAUAUUAAGAAGACGUGAACCUGCAGUAAUCGUGAAGGAGAGGAGUCAUCAGAGACCAGAGGAUGGACGCCAUUUGUUGUGACUUUGUGAAAAGAGUUCAGCUUUAUCUGCAUUUUUCGUGCACAUAGUGUUACCACAUCCCCUCUGGCCACGCCGGAGUGGUAUAUCAGUGGACACUCGCUCUGCCCGCCAUCAGUGUCUGACAGCGGCAGCAUGAGGGUACUACUUAUCUUCUCCCUCUUCGUGGUCGGAGGGUGUGACGACUUCAUUCAGCUGUUCGGGGGCGAUAAGUUCUUGGAUCCAGUCGUCAAUCUGCAUGAAGACAUGGAUCAUAUAAGUGAUCUGGGAAGCCUGGAGAUGGACAAUAUAAUCAAAUGCAUUUAUAGAAUUGGCUUGUGGCUCCUGUACGACGAUGUAAAUUUUAAGGGAAGGGUGUAUUACGUGGAACCUGAUAAGAAAUGGGUGGACCUGCCACCUGAGUACCGAGACACGUUCUCUUCCCUUCGCAGAAUUAAGACGAGAGGUGCGGACAAGGUCAGCCUUUUCCGAACUUCCUCGUUUACAGGCGAAGAACUACAAGUGUGGCGUAAUGCGGAGGAAAUUGACCUGCCUCAUAACAAGGCAUGUUCGUUAAUAGUCAUUGGAAAAUCCCCAUGGACUGUGUACACCGGUAAAUUCCUUGAUGGGGACAAGGCAUGUGUUAAUGCAACUGUCAAAUAUGAGGAGAAGUUAAUCGGUUUCUACCCAACUGUGAAGUCGAUGGGCUUAAGCGAACCCGUCAAGUCAAUAGUAAAGGGCUGCUACGCUUAGAGAAAUGGCCGCCAGCAGGCAGCAGAGCGGGGCACCUCAUGCAGCCACACCACCAUAGCAGACCUGCAGGCCUCACCGCUGCGCGCACUGUGUUGCUGUGCUGCUGUGCUGGAUGCAAUGCUGUGUGGGGAAUAAACAUUUCACAUUUGAAAUUACGAAUACAUGAUGAUCAGUAACACUGCUUCCAAUAAAUGAUAAAGCCUA